AAAAAGAACUAAACAAAUUCAUGGAAAUUGCGUUAGGCAUAAAAGUCACAAGUUGACCACAUCGCCACACCAGUCAACGAAAAUCUAUCAACAUGAAAUUCUUCCAAUUGCUGCUGAGCCUGUUCCUGGCAAUCGUGCUCUGCACUAUGCCUUUGAUCAAGGCCCAGGAAAUUCCACCAAUUCCCACAGCGGCUCCAACCCCACCCAACGGUGAAGCCGGCGCACCAGCUGGACCGGAUGGACCCCCAACUGCUCCAACCACCAUCCAGUCACCUGAAGUGAGCACAAUCUACCCCAACUAUGCUGGAAAGUAAAUCACGAAUUCAAUUGAACUUUAAGUUUCAAUUGCCAACAAGAAUUUAAUAAAUUUGCAAAUCAAUUCCA